CUUCUCUCUGAAACCACUGAGUUCUGAUUUUGAAGGUAGCCACUAGCCACAGCCAUGGAGAGAGCAACAUUGCUCCUCAAACUAUUCCCUCUAAUUCUAUCUCUUCUAAAUGCUCUUCUUACCUCCUCCUUAGCUGCUUCAGAAGAUAAACUGUUAGAUGCAUCCAAGUUGGAGAUGUUUGUGGAUGAGCUUCCUCAUAUGCCCAAAAUCCUUGGCUACAAGGUUUCCAAUGGAGUCCCCAUAUCAAAGUCUCUCAAGAUUAGCAUGUUCAAGAAGAAAUGGAAAUUCCACAAGGAUCUCCUUCCAACAAGGGUUUAUGCUUAUGGAUUAACCAAACGCACCGCAUCAGUACCUGGUCCCACCAUCGAGGCCCUCCACGGAGUUGGGACCCACGUGAGGUGGCAAAAUAAACUCCCCCCACACCAGAUCCUCCCGUGGGAUCCAUCUAUCCCCGUCGCCUCACCCAACACCUCCGGCGGCAUCCCCACGGUGGUUCACCUCCACGGCGGGAUCCACGAGCCCGAGAGCGACGGAAACGCAAAUUCAUGGUUCACUGCACAGUUCAAAAAGAGAGGACCCACCUGGACCAAGAAGACCUAUCACUACCCAAACAACCAACAACCAGGAAAUCUAUGGUACCAUGACCAUGCCAUGGGGUUGACCCGGGUCAACCUCCUCGCUGGCUUAAUAGGAGCCUACAUCAUCCGCCACCCUUCCAUCGAGUCCCCGUUGGGAUUACCCAUAGGCGACGAGCUAGAUCGACCGUUGGUCUUGUUCGAUCGUAGCUUCCGGAGCGACGGUUCAAUCUACAUGAACUCCACCGGAAACAACCCUUCCAUACACCCGCAGUGGCAGCCAGAGUAUUUUGGCGACGCCAUCAUCGUCAACGGCAAAGCCUGGCCACAUCUCACCGUACGUCGUCGGAGGUACAGAUUCCGCAUCAUCAACGCCAGCAACGCGAGAUUCUUCAGACUCUUCUUCACCAACGGUUUGAGAUUCACACAUGUGGCAGCUGAUUCUGCUUACAUCGAGAAACCGAUCACAACCAAGAAAACCUUAAUGGGGCCAUCUGAGAUCACUGACGUUAUUGUUGACUUUUCAGAGUCAAAGAGCAACGUUGCUAUUCUAGCCAACGAUGCAAAGUAUCCUUACCCUGACGGUGACUCGGUUGAUGAAGCUACCAGCAAGGUUAUGAAAUUCAACAUCUUACCCGAUAAGCAAGUUGACAUGUCACGGAUCCCAAAAAUGUUAUUGAAUUACCCUAUUGCUGGUUUAUCAGGCGUGUCGCACACACGGUACAUUGCUAUGUACGAGUACACCACCGACAAAGGUGAGCCAACUCACUUGUACAUGAAUGGGAAAUCGUACGACGCGCCGGUUACUGAGACCCCGAAGGAGGGGUCCACUGAGGUGUGGAAUGUGAUAAACUUGACGGGCGAUAAUCACCCGCUUCACGUUCAUUUGGGUUUGUUCAAGGUGUUGGAUCAGACGAAGGUGGUUAAUUUGGAUGAGUUUAAGGAUUGCAUGGUGAAAAUCAACGAUGCGAUGAAGUGCCACGUGGGUGAGUAUGCACGAGGGGAGAAGGUGGAGGUGCCAGGUCAUGAGAAAGGGUGGAAGAAUGUGUUCAAGAUGAGACCGGGGUUCGUGACGAAGAUUGUGGUGAGGUUUGGUUACAUACAUACCAAUGCAUCGUAUGAGUUUGAUGCAACCGCAGAGCCUGGCUAUGUGUAUCAUUGUCAUGUAUUGGACCAUGAAGACAAUGUCAUGAUGAGACCCUUCAAAAUCAUCAAGUGAAGUUUAUCAAGGGUAGCCAAAAAAAAUGGGACCAUGAUGUGAAUGUUGUCACUUUCUUGCAAGGAAUAUCAAAGGUUAGAAAGAUAAGCAGAGGUGAUGAGAAACUAAAAAUUUGCAGAGAAAUUUGUAAACUUGGUCAUUGACUGUAACGAAGGGAAGUGUAUGCUAUAUUGCGCUAAAUAAAAUGCAAUGAGAAUUAUAGCAUUUCCCUAAAAGCAAGCAUUUUCUUUGUUCGAUUGUUUUUGAGAAUUUCAAGUAGUGUGUGUUUGGAUUUGAGUUUGCAAAACAGAGCUGGAGUGAAUGUGAGUUUACAGAAUAAUAUUUAUGUUAAUGUCGGUUGGUUGUAA